AUGUCCCGAGUACCCCCAUUCUCUACAAAUCCAAAUAGAACGCGAAAUGUCAUACCACCAUCCAGCUAUUCUCAGGAUUCCCGUCCAUCAAGCAUGGUCUCCGAUGGAGCAGGCAUCCCAGCACGACCGUCGCGCUCAGAACUACGAGGAGUGCAACCACCCGGGCGUCCAGGAGCCCCAUCUUCUGCUCGUAAUCUAAACCGUGAUUCGGUAUCGACUACUUUUUCCGAUCGAGAGGGUCCAGUAAGACGGCCGAUGAGGGCUCCAGAAAGGGACAGAGGUCCACUGUCUGAGCCAGAGACGCCUUCGAGAAACAGAAGUCCUACAAGUCCUGAGGAUUCCACUUCUCCUAGAGCAUUACAGAAUGCUAUAUCCGCCUUACAAAGUGCCGGUAACAGGCGACAGGCAAAGAGAAAGGCGACACUGGAUCAAGUGAGUCCUGGUGGAUUCGGGAGUUAUGAAGAUAUGGAACGUGAAGAGUUGGAAAGAAGACGUAGGGAACAGGCAAGGGCUGAUGCUGAACGGAAGGAACGUAUGAGAGAACGAGAGCUUGCGGCUAGAAGGCAAAAUGGCAAUGUGAGGAGGAGAGGUAAAGGUGAUAUAGAUGCGGUGCUUGAUGAGAUUCAAGGAGAGUGGGAAUGGGUCACUAGACCAGAGUUCAACCCCGUUGAAUUAGCUCUGGCGCUUCUCGAUGAUUCGUCCGUCGGCAAAGAUAUGAACUCGUUCGCUCGGACAAAGCGGAUGCUUGAAGGAGCCCUCAAAGGUUCCAUUGAAGCCUCACUUCCGCAUCAUGCGUCGGUCAUGUCCUCGUUGAAUACCACUGCAGACCAGAUAAAAGAUUCCAAGACCAAACUUGUAGAAGCGAAGGAAGCUCUAGGGAGUAAGCGUGCUGAUUUAGCUCAGCUUUGGACUAGGGGCCAGACUCUGGACGAAAUGAUCAAAAUUGUGGACGAGAUUGACUAUCUCAAGUCCGUUCCUGAUACAUUAGAAACUUUAAUCUCUGAGAAGAGGCUAUUACAAGCAUCUUCAUUACUCCUCCGCAGUACAAAAAUCAUUGCAAAGUCCGAUAUGCAGGAUAUUGGGGCACUAAGUGACCUAAAAGCCUACUUAUCAGGGCAAGAAACGGCAUAUGGCGAGCUUAUACCCCAGGCCAGCAAAUGCGUGAGUAAUCAAGAGUAUCGUGACAAAUUUCUGAAGUGUCCUCUGGAUUAUGUAGUCCCCAAGGUUGAGUUUGACGAAGAGAAGCUACUUGGAGGGACCAUGCCAAUCACUUCAAAGGGCAGCUCGCCUCGGCUUGUGUCGUUCUUGCACAACUUGAACCUUAAAGCAAAUGACCCUCCUUAUGAUCCCUCGAGUAAUUCCCGCCUAUCUCUUAAUAGUCUUAUGGCACCGUAUGCAGGCGACUCAACGCAAUCACAAACCAAUCCUGAGGCCGACUCGUUCAGUUAUAUAGAAACUGUCCUGGAGUCGUUGGCUAUUCUCGGACAACUUGGUUCUAGCUUGGAAAUGAUUACCCAGCGGCUGCCGAUGGAACUUUACUCGCUUGUAGAGGCUACGAUCGACGAAGUGAAUGAAAGGACCGAGUUUAGCAAGAGACUUCCGUUUACAAAGAAUGCCAACGUUGUAGCCGCGAAGGCCAUUGCUGCCUAUGUUUAUAUCGACCCUUCUUCCUCCGGAAUAGAUGGGUCCAAUAAACCCAGCGGGCUGAUUGGAGAAGCCCAAUCUCCAGUUUCAUUACUAAGGCUCGCAGCUCUAGAGAAUAGUGCCAGUGUUGUCGAUCAUGCGGUACUAAGAGAUCUAUUUUGGACUUUGUUCUCGAAAUUAGACGCCGUCUGCCAAAGCUUACGGCGCAAGGACUUCAAGGACAUCUCUGGUGCUAAACCAGGGACAAUAUUCUCUUUCCCAGAAUUAUGGGAACCAAUAGAUGCCGAGCUGAAAGGUCUCAUUCUAUUAUAUCUAACUGAAGAGAAAGGAGGUGCCUCCACUGGCAAAACGCAGGUACCAUCAAUCAAUGACGCACUUAAAGCUGGCGGCAUGAAGAAAGAAAAGGGCUGGCUCUCAAAUCGUCUCAACAAACCACACGAAGAGGAACUCACUCGAGUCCUCAAGGACUCUGUACCAGGUUUAGUAGGCGGCACUGAGACAUCAGUACAAACAGCCCUUGCCACAGCGGUUGAUGAUCGUUUUGCGAGCGCCGUUCCCCAUCGCCUACUAGUACCAGCAGAUUCUUUCCAUGUCAGUGUCCUAUUCCACCCCACACUGGCAUUAUUGGAUCGCGCUGCAGAGGUGUUGCCUUCAACGACAGCAGAACGAGUUCGCCAAUCAAGUAGUUUUCUGGAUGAUUUUGUCCUCAAAGUAUGCUUGCCUCAACUCGGAGAGCGGGUUGCAGACAUUUUCCUCAAGACAGUCACAAGUCCGGAUGCAUUUCUUCCCGACCCAGGAUGGAAAAAGCUCUCCAAUCGCCCUUUAGUAAAAUCUACAAUCGAGUUGGUCUCCCUCAUCAAUUCCCUUUGUGCGAUGCAACAAACUACGCCCUUCCACCGAGAUAACUACUCUCGACUGAUGCUCGGCCUGCUUAUCGACUUCUAUCAGCGCUGUAGCGAUCGCUUCAAAGAGUUGGUUUCGACCAGAGAAGGUAUGACGCAGGACGAGGCGCAUGUCGCUGUAGCUGCGAGAUGGGCACAAAGACCAGAGGAGGAUGACAUAGCAAGCUCCAGAGGUCUAUGUAGACAAGAGACAAGAGUGGAGCUCAACUUUUUGACCACUGCAACUGUCGACAAAGAUGAUCUCGUGUUUUCCAAAAAUUUACAUUCUCUUGGAAACUUGUUCCAUAGUAUGACCUGGUUCAUGCGACAACUGGUCUCGAUGAAAAGCGUCGUCGAUGAUCCAUUGUCUCCCGGUCCUGAUCAAGCAAUCGAAUCAGAAGCAGGGUUUACAGCUGUAACUCCACACUUCCCACUGCUCCCACCGGCGCCAAAAGCAGAAGAGUUGAGACUUCUCUUGUCCAAGCCAAUGGCAUUGCGCUUUGAUGCUUUGAUGCAAACAUAUGAGCAACUGGCUGAGUAUGUUCUCGCCACCUUAAGGAUUGACACUCGCUGCCGUACGAUCCACUUCUUGGAUCUUGCAAUGCGUCGGGGGAAUUAUCGAGUGGAGAGGGAUGGAGGUGAUCCUGAUCCACAUAUAGUUGACCUUAAUCUGGAUCUUGGGCACCUCCUGAUAUCCAACGCUCGUCAUAUCCGGUUUGCUAAUGCCGUUGGAAUUCAGAAGAUUUUGCGGAAUAUGCUAGCGAUGCAACAAAACAUGAAGACCAUUACAGACGCGUCUCAGGACGCAGACUUUGAGCGAGCCAAGGUCUACUAUAGUCUUUUCUCCUUGACACCCAGGGAAAUGCUAGCUUCUAUCAAAAAGAAGCCCCAAUUUACACUCGAAGAAUACAAGUCAAUGCUCAAUUUCCAGUGUGGUGUUGAUCAAGCCUUGGGAGAAAACGGAGCCUCAAACGCUACCGACAGAAAUUACCACGCCUAUUUAACGGAGCUUCAUGCAUUGGCCAUCGAGGAUUCCACCGAGUGA